AGAAAAAAAUGAAAACAAAAUUCGUUUCAGUUGAGCACAUUUUCAGUUUGAAAACACUUUUUCUCCCUUUUUGAUAUUGGCCAGUCGUGUUUUGUACGCUGUGUCAGUUUAUAACGCCACACACUUUGCACCGCCAGUUACAAAAGCAGGAGUCCAACAUGGCUGACGAAUUUGAUGGCUGCGAAUGCAUUUGGUCCCAUGAAUUGGCCAUGCAAAGGCUCCUCAACUUUAUACGCCAAAAUCAGAAUGCCUGCACAGAUACCGAGUGCAUCGAUGUCAGCGGACGCGUUGCUCAGACGGGCCAGGCGGUGAUUGGUGGCGGCGGCGGCGACACCGGCGGAAGCUUCACCAUAGCCAUGAUAUUCAUGCUGCUGGCCAUGUUUAUGUACGUGGUGAAUCCGAGCGUUUGGCGUCAGUUCUCCAACAAUAAGCCCAGUCGACGUGAUAAUAAUCCAGAUGGUGCGCCACCGCCGCAGCCACCGCCGGCAAUCAAUUGAGCUGCCGCUGGACAUGAUUAGAGCUUGCAUUUUCCUUUGGUUUUAGCUACAUACACAAAUAAACGAUUAUAUAUGUACAUAUAUACAGAUAUGUAUAGGCUAAACUUGCCACAAUGUGUAUACAUUCAUAUAUAUAUAUUUAUAUUGGAAGACAAAAAUAAAUUAAUGCAAUGAAAUCAAAAGCAAAACGACAAGAUAA